UUGUUUAUUUAUUUGGUGGGUCCUGAAUUUUUUUAAAUUCCCUCUUUUGUCCCAGAGUCAGUUUCCUUUUUGUUGUGAAGUCACCGUUUUACCCCUCGAUCGGUGACGUUUUGCUUUUUACUCCCCAAAAAUUUUAUUUUUAAUCGGAUUUGCUAUCCUUCUUGGGUUGGAUUUGUGGUCCAUUUUAACUGCUGCUGCACACGUGGCAUGCACACAGAGAGCGAUCAUAUGAAUACCAAAACGAUGCGUUUGCCACCUCGUCGGAUUUCGACGACCAAUGCAUCAAAUAAUGCCAACAGCAACAACAAGCGCAAGGAGAAGGAGGGUGACUUCGACGCGCUCCAGCAGACCAAGACGCUCAAGCUGGCCCCACCGCCCCAAGCCAAGCCGUCCGAGCCAGCCCCGCCUCCCGGUCAGCCCGGUCAGCUCCUGGCUGGUUAUCUGGCGCACGAGUUCCUCACCAAGGGCACCCUCCUCGGGCAGCCGUGGGACCCCUCCCGAGCCGAGCCGGCUCUAUCGGGAGUCAGCAGCAGCAAGAUCGAAGCCGAGCCGAAGUUCGAGAGCUUGGAGAGAUACGUGGAAGUCGCUGAUUUGCUGAAAACGGAGGGGGCCCACUUGGCUGGCGUUGUGAAUCCAACUCAGCUCGCUGGGUUUUUACAGUUGUGAGGCAAAGGCGAGCUUUGUGGGGGACGCGUGGAGUGCAAGGAUUAAAAAUGCAUCUGGCAUUUUUGGCUCCAAAUAUGGAAAUUAGGAUUUUUGUAGGGGGCAAAAUGCAAAAUGCAAAAGAAAAAAUGUUUAGUAGUUGCAGGGGCUUUUAGGUAGGCAUUGCUUUAUGAAUGUGUGUCUCUCUUGUCAUCCAAAUGUAUUAUAAAAUGUCCUCUAGUCAUCCAAAUGUAUGAUAAAAUGUCAUUUCGAUUUAA